AUGGGUGGAAAGCGGCAUGCAGUCCUGCUCACGGUGGUUUCUUCUGCAAUCGUGAUGGCACGACCCUUCGACUCCCGAAUCUGGGUCCACCCCUUCAUUCCUGCCCCGAAACCACAGAAGCAGGUAGCGGUUCGAGGAGCCCAUAUCUGCUCCACGGACUUGGGCGUAGCCCAGGAUCAGCUUCGCGCUGAGGUGCUGCCUUCACCACGGGGCACAGCUCCCGCAGAUCAUGUGAAUGCUGCGAACUGGCGAGAAACCAGCUCUGCCCCCAGCAAACUACCGUCUCUACAGUCCGCGCGCUUGGAUUUUAAGAUGGAGUUUCGUGUGAGACUGGACGUUGGCUCGGGGCCGAAAGAUGCAGUGCAUCCGUCCAUGUCCAAGCAUCCUGGUCUCGAGGAUCACGUGAGCCCUCAAAACUCCACUGCGAGCGGCCGGGAAAGUACGGCGCAAGCGUCCAAAGAUCCAGGCUGUGAGGAGGAUCACACAAGUAAGCAGACAGCAAGCGUUUGGGCUUUUUGCCUUUGUUCGUCAGUUAGCGGCGGCAUUGCUGCAUGGUGUGUGCAGCGCAUGUUCCAACGAUACCAAGUCGAUCUGGCUCAGUUUAGUCAGGUCGAUGUCUUCCUCAUUGGUACCGGUCUUGCCUUUGCUGCUUUCGGAUGGCUGGAUGACCAUGGCACAUCUCCGGACUAUCCUCUGCAUGUGAUCCAGCAGGGCCUUGCUGCAGGAGCUGGAGGAUUCUACUUCAUCGCCAAUCAGCUUCGACAGCGGCCGAGACAGGUGUAA